GAAAUGAGUGGAAGUCGAACGCACUUGUUGAAAGGACAGUGCUGCGUGUCUGUCUGCAGAAGUGGGUGCUUGGAAACUGGAAAGAUUUUCUUGAAACCAGUUGUCCUCGGAAACGCUUGCUACAGGUAAACCGUGGUCAGUCUUGGAGUUCCAACUAUUUUACAAAAUAUCGGUAAAAGCUACAAGAAAGACGCGGCUGCCGUCAACCUCCUUCCUGCGAAGAGCGAACUUGUUUUGCAUCUGACUCAAGAUCAUUUGUGUUUCGUGAAGCUCUUUCUCUCUUUGGGAGACCACACAAAGACUUCAGUACUUUGGAAAAGGAAGGCGAAAAUUCACAAUGAAUACAGCCAAUGCGUUCAAAUUAACACAGAAAGUGGUCGCAAUUUUGUCUUGUUUUAUCGUGUUUAUGACUUCGUACCCUUUUUAUGCUGACGCAACACAUGCAAGCGAAGGACAUGCUCCCAUACAACAGUUCGCGAGCAACGUCAACUUCAGCAAAAACUUCAUUGUGGAAUGGAAGGUCGAUCAUGAUUCGCAAAGCGUUGAAUUUAUAUUGAACGUUGCUAUUGAUGACAAAGGAUGGGUAUUAUUAGGGUUUUUGCCCGCAUCGAACGACUCCUAUAAAACAGCUCAGGAAGACGGACUUCAGGGAACAAACGGGGAUUUUGUGGUAACGUGGUUUUCAUCUCCAGGACGGACAAAAACUUUGGUAAGAAACUUAUCCCUUAUCAUAAAAAUUGUGGUGAUUGCGAUGAUAGAUAAUACAAUAACAACUUCUUUUAAGUAUUUAUAUCUUCCUAGUAGUGUGGCAUAUCGAUCAUGUCUGUUUGUCUAUUGCACUAAUAUAUUUAUGGUAAUUAUCUCUCGAUCCUCCUUAAAAAAAAAAAAAUACACGAGUAUGGAAACAACCUGUAAACUAAGGUAUGAAAUAUAACCCCUACAAAUAUUCCAUUUUUACUUGUUGUCAUAAUUCCUAUAAAAAUGUUGUUGAAUGAGUCUCUUGUUUUCAAGACUUCAAGAGAAUGUAACAUCAACAAUUUUUUGUAACUGUAACCCGGAUAUUGAUUUUAUUUAUUCAUCAGUAAGACGGUUGUUCCUUUUUUUUAUAUAUUUCCAUCAAAGUGCUGGUGUCCAAAAAACCGUAUCUGGCUGUUUGCCCAAAAUAUUUGAACUGUGCCCUCUCUCAUGACUUGCGAUGUACCCUUUAAGCUCCACUGUCAACAUACAAAUUCUCCAAACAGUUCUGAAAAGAAUUAGGCAAGAGAAUUUGUUUAAAGAUCAGUUGCAAAGCAUUUCUGUCAAUUGAUCAUUUCUAACACCUCACAGAUCUGUAGAAGCUAAUGCUAUUUCUUUGUAUAAUAUUUGCCAAGUGGCUGAAACCAUGUUUAGACACUAAAUAAUGUAUAAAAAAGUAUUCUACAAACAUUUCCAAUCAUCUUCACAGGACUUGAAUACAAUUGACACUGGAAAGUUACAGCCAGAUGGUAAUUCCACGGAGCUAGACUACCAUGUGACUGUAGAGCAUUUUGCAGAAAACUCAAGUGAUAUUAAGGUUUUACGCAUUACCAGAAAACUUGACACAGAAGACCCACUGGAUGUGCCCAUCACGGUAAGCUACUUGUCUGCACUACAAUCACAACAGGAUGGAUUUACCUUUACUGAGGUCCUCUCUGGGGAGGGGGACGUAAGUUCCUGGUCUGAAUUUCAAAACCAGUGGAGGAGGCCAUGUCACUGUCAGAAUUUAACUAUUGUAUUUGAGAUUACCCUUGUCGCUGUCUCAGUUUCAACUGAUCUUUGUCGUUUGUCACCACAGAAUCAUUUAGCAACUAUCAAUCACCAACUAAGUGCAUUUAGUACAGUAUAUUUGCCCCUGAGUGAGUCAUAGAUCCCUAAUAAUAAUUGUUUAUCUAUUUUCUUCUUAAAGGAUCAACCAAUGUGGAUUGCUGGUGCUUAUGGUAAUUCUGACGUCUAUUUAACAGACUUGUCAAACAUUACAGCUGGCGGCCUAGACACUUUGACAUUCAAGAAAGUCAUUAUUCUAAGGGAAACAACAAAAAAUAACAGCAAAAAACCAUGGCAUAAAGUGAUACAAGGUACAUAUAAUUAAAUAUCUAUCUAUAUAUAUAUAUGCCCUGUUCAUAAUUUGUCACAAAACCAAAAAUAUUAUGCAGAACGGGAUAUUAACCACAAACAUAUGUUUUUAGUAUUUACCAAAUCAGAAGAUAGCAAUUUUUACACAUUUUGAGUGGUUCAUGGUACACAGAAAGAAUAACCUUGGCUAUCCACUGUUCUGGGAUGUGAUUCAAUAUAGCCUACCAUGCCAUUUCACAACAGUUUUUUAAGAUGCUUUUUUUGGCAAUCAAAUACCCAAAACACUGUCAACUGAAACACAAACAAAGAUCUACUAAGUGACAUAUUCAUCAAUUCCAUUUACAGAGGUUACUUGUUUAUUUUUAUCCAAGUGAUUUGGUAAAUACUAACAGUGAUUUUGUUACAAAUAGUUAUGGUGAGUCCUGGGACUCAUCUUGUGAAAAAUAAAGAGUCCUUGUCCACAAGUUAAAAAAAACAAGAUUGAAAAUGCUUUAGCCUUUAUGUAACCAGACAGUUAAUCUGGAGAAAACUAGAUGCCAGAACUCUUUAUUACAGUUUACUGAAAUUAAAAUAUAGUCCUUCUAUAAACUUAAAGCACAAAAAGACUAAAAUAAAUAUACAUCCUUAAAUAACAGCCACAGAAAUCACACGAACCAGAUAUUCUGCCAAAAAAUCUUCAAAUCGAUCAAUCGUUCUUUGGGUCCUACGGGAUGCAUGCCAUGAAUUAUUUUUCCUCAUUGGCUCAUUGGUAACAAAAUCACUGUACUAAAACGACUAUUGCCAUCAGGGUCUGCACAAAGCAUCAUAUAGAUUCCUUGGCGCUUUCAAUCUAGUGAUUAUAUUCACCAUUAUUCACCUCCCCUCAAGGAAAAGUUGAAUACUAAGCAAGAAAUUAAGCUAGCAAGUUACAAUAAAAUUUGGUUGGGCACAAGCUGAAUUUUGAGCCAAAUUUUUAUAUACCAUUAAGACAAACCAAACACAAGUUACAUGAAAUACAAACAAAAAGUUUAAAUAAUAAAUAUUUUUAAUCCCCUCUGCCUUCACCCCAUAUCUUUACUUGCUCCUUUUCAUUUUACAGAACAAGUGAGGAAGCAUUGGAUCGGUGUUGUGAUUGGUGUGGCAGGAUUGUUGACUGUUGUAAUUGUUGCUGCAAUUUAUCUCAGCUCCAAGAGAGGCAAAGAAAAAGUAAAGAAAGUCAAAAUGACAUUUUACAAGGAGUAAGUCCCUUCAUUUUCUAUGUUUUUGACCUAGGAAGUUCAGGUUGAGUCUUCUCAGCUAUAGUUAACUCUCUUUUAACAGACACCUGUAUAAGACAGAUACCUUAGUAAAAUGGACACCUAGAGUUGGUCCCUGCCUUUCUUUACUCCCUUUAUUUGACUCUCUAUAAGACGGACACCUCUGUAAAACAGACACCUAGAGUUGGUCCAUACCUUUCCUUACUCCCUUUAUUUGACUCUCUAUAAGAUGGACACUUCUGUAAAACAGACACCUAGAGUUGGUCCCUGCCUUUCUUUACUCCCUUUAUUUGACUCUCCAUAAGAUGGACACCUCUGUAAAACAGACACCUAGAGUUGGUCCCUGCCUUUCUUUACUCCCAUUAUUUGACUUUCUAUAAGAUGGACACCUCUGUAAAACAGACACCUAGAGUUGGUCCAUGCCUUUCUUUGCUCCCUUUAUUUGACUUUCUAUAAGAUGGACACCUCUGUAAAACAGACACCUAGAGUUGGUCCCUGCCUUUCUUUGCUCCCAUUAUUUGACUCUCUAUAAGAUGGACACCUCUGUAAAACAGACACCUAGAGUUGGUCCCUGCCUUUCUUUAAUUACUCCCUCUAUUUGACUCUCUAUAAGAUGGACUAUCACUCUUAGACGGACACUUGGUGCAUGCCGGUCCCAAAGGUGUCCGUCUUAGAGAGAGUUAACCCUUUAAGCCCUAAAAGUGAUCAGCAUCAAACUUCUCCUUGUAAUAUUAUUUCUUUGUAAACUAGAGUGGUCAUGAGAAUUACAGACAUGAUCACUUGAUGAAUUUGCUUGAUGUUUUAUCAACUUUCUCACCACUGCUUCUGUAGGAAAUGAAUAGGGGCAACAAAUGAGAGUUCAAAUUUUGAUCUUCAGGUUUAAAGUGUUAACUGGAGUGUUUACAUAUAAAUGCUUUCAUCUGAACACAAAGUUUAACUGUCUGUCUUUUGUAACAUAUCUUUCUACAGUGAUGAGGAUGACGAAGCAAAAGUGGCAUUUCUUCAUUCAAGAACUUGAUUGCAGGCAUGAUCACAUCUCUGGUUCCUGCAAGACUUGAGACACAACCCAUGGUUUUAAUACCAGCAUGCUUGGCUUUCAAGCAUUGUAAAAUGAACAGUGAACACCAGUAGUUUUUUCUCCAGAGCUAUGUUCCAGGCAACACGCUGUACUCUUCAUUUUCCUAAGUAGGAGGGUACUCAACAAAGAUGUGCAUGGCAGAUGCUUCACUCUGAGAUCCAAACCCUUAUCCCCUUUGUAUACCACUUUUUGUAAAAAAAAGGUGUCCACUUUUAGUAUUAUUAUUAUCCUUCCUUGACUAAAGGGGUGAGAUUUAUGGAAAAAAUGCCCCAAGCUACUUCUGAUAAACUAAUAGAUAUCCCCCCCCCCCCUCCCCCUAUGUUUAACAAAAAGAGAUUUUGAUAUUACAUCAAGAGCCAUUUUAUUAGUGCAAUAUUCCAUGAACUCCUUCAAUUAUUAAGUGCCAGUUUGGUCAGUCCCUUUUCAAUGUGAACAGUCUUGUUUUUUUGUCAUUUGGUAAAAUAUUAAUUUCUAAUAAUAUAUUGUCCUAUACAUCUGUUCUUUACUGGUAUAUUGUCUAGAGUGCUUCUCCCUAUUAUAUUGUGGCUGUGUAGGAGACCGCUAAAACCCUUGGUCCAACGAAGACCAUGCGACAAAGCUGCCAUAAUAAAGCACAACAUCAGAAAUACCUUUUAACUAACUGGUGAUAAGCCAAUGUAUAUACCAGUAGCUGGAUAUGCCUCUAGCUGUGAUAAUCAUCUAGGCCAGGUUGAUCUAAAGCCAGCUAAGAUAUACUAGGGUUAGUGCAAAAUUUGAAUUCAGAUAUGAAAGCUCAAAAUGCAAAUUUAGUGUAAUUUUUUUGUCAACAUUUUGAUGAUUGGAUGCUCUAAAGAGAAUAUAGAAAGUUAUCCAAGUAAAUGCUUUUGUAAAAAAAGAAAAGUCAACCCAGAUUCAGAUUUAACCCUGGGAAAGCACUAAUCAGUCUCCCAACAACUUUGCCCUGAUGUCAAAUUGUUGGCGCCAAGUUUUAGACAGCCCUUCCAAAUGUUUUAAAAGUAUUCUAUAAUAGUAUAGAACAUGCAUGUGUAAAUAUUUUUCAUAGCCGCGGUUGUUUAAAAGUGGAUAGCACUCAAUUGCAGACAAAUCACUAUCCAAAGAAAAAUCAUAUUUAAUGUCUUGUGUCAUUCAGAGGUUAAUGAUUUUCUCACUGGGUCUCACUAUUCACUUUUUCAACCCUUGGGCCAUGGUUUUCUCAUUUGUUGAGCUUGUAAAAGAGGUAAGAAAGGAAAUUCUCACACACUGAAUGAAUGUGGGUUGGAUUUGAACGAGGAUGCCAGGAGAUUUCACACUUGGUCAACACUGCAGUCUUUUGUACUAUUUCAUAUCUCAUGGGAAGAAAAAAUAUAUUGUUUUCACUUGCCAUACAGAGAAACAGCUUUCCUGCCAACCUGCCAGGCCCAACCCUUCCCCCCCCCCAUAUUUCUUUGCCACUUUUGUGUCAUUCUUGCCCCAGAACCUGCCAUUUCUUUUGGUAACAUGGCUGAGUGGCUCUCCGGUCCCAUUAUGCCUUUGUGUUUAGAGAUUUUGUUUGCUUAAAGGUCAACUUUCCAGAAUACUCUGUUUGUGUGCCA